AUGGUCUUGGACCGCUACCCUACCAACCAGCCCGAGGAAGGCACAUACGCCUCCCAUGCCCUCCGUAAUAACUCUAAGGGCACCGAUCUCGACAAAGAAGCUCUCGAACGUUUCAAGAUUCGUGAAAUUUGUGAAGGAUGGUUAGCUAUCGUGACGCGGCUGAUUGAAUUAUUUUUGAUUAGAUGGCAAAACUACCAAUCCAUGUUCUUCGACGACGCCUACAUCGCCACCUCAUGGAAGCAAGGCAACAUCGACGAAUUCGUUCAAGCAUCCAAGGAUGGAUUCGCCAAGGGGUCUAGCUUCAUGUAUAUUCUGCAUCGCAUUAUCGGCUCAUCGGUUGAGACGAACCCAGAAUUGACUCUCGCGGUGUGUAAAAUGAAGAUCACCAUCACUUGCCGCUUCACUUUUGACGGAGUGGAAAUGGAUAAUGAAGCCGAUUGCCGCUUCUUUUUCAUGCUAGAGAAACGCCAGGACCGCUGGGGUGUUUGUUUCUACACUCUUCUCUUCGACAAGGAUAAGUUCAUCCCGGUCAACCCGGCGAAGACCUUCCACAUCCCUGAGGAAGACGUUGAGAAGUUCCCCUCUGGCUACCGUUACCUUGCCUGGGCUGAGAGCAAGUUCGGCACACCCCUAAGAUGA